AAUCCAGACGACGAACUGUUUAUCCAGUGGGCUAGGGCUGAAUCUAGUUUUCAUUAAAAGGGCUCUUUUAUUGCUCUGUAAACUCACAUGCACUCUCUCUCUCUCUCUACUGUGCAGUAAUCUCUCUGCUCUUUUCCACCCUUGCAGAUGCUGAUACUCUGCUCUCUCUCUCUCUCUCUCUUUUUUCCAGUUUCUGUUCCAGUUUCUGAUCCCUCACACACUCUUCCUGAGCUGCUGGCCUGCUGCUCCUCUCUCUCUCUCUAUCUCUUCUAAUCUCCUAACCACACAUCUUUGCUGCAGAUCUUAAUCUGGUUUUUCUCACUUCCUCUUCUAACUCUCUCUCUUUCUCUUUCUCUUUUUUUUUUCUGCUUCAAUCUCACACACAAGAAAAGAAUGUUGGGAGUGGAAUCAGAAUUAGAGAUAAAAGAAGAUGAUACGGAAAAGAAGUACUCCUACCAGUUUCCUCUCCGGUGGGAGAGCACCGGCGACCAGUGGUGGUUCGCCUCCCCCAUCGACGUCGCCGCCUCCAACGGCUACCGCGCCGUCGUCCGCGAGCUCCUCCGCCUCGACCCCAACCUCCUCAUCAAGCUCACCUCCCUCCGCCGCACCCGCCGCCUCGAAUCCCUCUGGGACGACGACGCCGUCGCCGGCGCCGGCGACGGCGACGGACCCGCCCAUCGCCGCGCCUCCGUCGCCCGUGGCCUGUUCCUCGAGUGUGAAUUGAAGGGCGUAACAAUGAACGCGCUCGUGCGCGCCGGGUAUGGCGGGUGGCUGCUCUACGCCGCGGCGGCCGCGGGCGACGUGGGCUUCGCCCGCCACCUGCUCGACAAAAUGCCGCUGCUGGUGUUCGGGGAGGGGGAGUACGGGGUGACCGACAUGCUGUGCGCGGCGGCGCGGAGCGGGGAUGCGGAGGUCUUCCGGCUUCUGCUCGACUCCGCUCUGUCGCCGAGGUGCUCGAGCUCCGGCCCCAGAGAACCGGAGCUGGCGAACCGGCCGGAGGAGUUCCGGCGGGAGAUUGCGAACAGGGCGGUGCACGCGGCCGCGAGGGGCGGGAGUGUGGAGAUUUUGAGGGGGCUUCUCGAGAAUUGCGAGGGCGGUGGGGAUGUGUUGGAUUGCAGGGAUGCUCAGGAAUCGACCGCGUUGCAUUCCGCGGCCGCGAGGGGGCGGGUUGAGGUUGUGAAGUAUUUACUGGCUUCUUAUGACAUAAUCGACAGGAGAGAUAACCAAGGCAACACUGCAUUGCAUGUUGCAGCAUUUCGCGGGCACUUAGCGGUUGUAGAAGCCUUAAUCUCUUCCUCGGCAUCGUCCUUACCAUCGCUAACCAACAAUGCGGGGUAUACAUUUCUUCAUAUGGCGGUGGAAGGUUUCAGGGCUCCCGGUUUCCGAAGGCUCGACCACCAAAUGGAUCUUAUGAAGGAAUUAAUAUCGGGAAAACUUGUAGAUAUUCAGAACAUUAUCAAUAUUCAAAACAACGAAGGCCGGACCGCCCUUCAUAUGGCUUUAAUUGGUACCGUGCACUCCGAUCUUGUCGAGCUCUUAAUGGCCGCUCAAUCGAUCAAUCUCAACAUUCGGGACGUCGAUGGUAUGACCCCAUUAGAUCUUCUCAGAAAAAACCAGCGAUCUGUAUCGUCUGAGAUUUUGAUUAAGCGAUUAGUUUCUUUUGGGGGGAUCUCGAAUUCAAAGGACUACAUCGCAAAAUCGGCCAUUGCUUCUCAUUUUAAGAUGCAUGGUUUAGGUAAUAGUCCUGGUACUUCUUUUAGAAUCUCGGACGCUGAGAUAUUCUUGUAUGCGGAUAUUGAAGCACCGGAGGACAGUGGGCGAGCUACACCGGAGGACAGUGGGCGGCUUAGCUCGUGCUCGAGCGCGUCGCAGAGCGAAAUUUCACAAUUUAGCCCAAACGGUGAAAAGUACGAGUCCUUGAAGAAGAAGAAAAAUUCCUUCUACAAGGUUCUUUUGAAGUGGCGUCAUCGAAAGGGCAAAAAGUCGGAGAAACUAAAGAAACUUGAAGAAGAAGAGUCGUUGGAUUCGUUCCAGAAAUGGAGUCCAUGUGUCAAAAUCCCGACUCCUCUACGGCAACAGUUCUGUAAGCCGACCUCGCUUCUCAACAACAAACGAACUUACGCUAUUAAUACUUCCAUGCCAAGUCCAGACACAAUGAAGAGAUUCGCCGCCAGUUUGAGCCACGGCGUGAUUCAGCCCACGCCGGAUUUGGCUCGCACUUCUCGCUCACCAUCUAGCUCCUUUUCGAGAUCGCCGAUGUUGUCGCCGCAUUUUGACAAACCGAAAGGUGACUGUUUUGACGACGAAAGAAAUGGUGUUGUAGCCUCUUGCUCGAAUUCGCCGGCAAAAAGUGGUAAGCUGAUGAACAAGUAUUUCUCGUUUGGGGCGCAAGGCUCGAACCGCAAGUUCGAGCGGUCGGUUCUCUCUGCAGCUUGACGCACCAGUUGGAAGAGGUUCUUGAAUCAUGAACUUCACUCGUAGAUGCUCUAACAUGGUCCAUUAUUUCCUUUAACUUGUGCUUUUUGGUAUUUCUAGUAUCAUCAUCAUCAUCAAAGACAUGCUUGUAUUGUAUAUGUGUGGUAUGUUUAGAUGCAAUGAAGCUACAAAUGUUGUAUAUGGUGGCUGAUAAUAAAUUGUAUAUUAUCCUCCCAUGUGCUUGGUGCUAUCUACUUUGCCCGUAUUUCGAUGUCGGAAUAAGUUAUCCAAUGAUAUUAUCACUCGUGCAGUGCGAGGAUUUUAUUU